AUGCCUCCCAGCCUCUUCUCGAACUGCAUGGACAUGUGCAGGUUCACCCAUCGCAACGACUCGGCUUUGGUCAAAGAGCUGCAGGAGAAGAUCUUCUUGCAGAAGGCGCAGGAGACCACAAAGCUCAACCUGCAGCUGCCAGACGACCAGGUGCCAGUCUUGUGUGCAGCGCUCCCCUACUUCGGUAACCUGGACGUGGUCAUCAUCCGUGACACGAAGCUGGGUUGCGAAGGUGCCAGAAGGAUCGUGGAGUCUGGGUCUCGUCACAUCCAUCUGGAUGCAUGUCAGCUCGGUGAUGAGGAGGCCUUGGCAAUCGCUGCCGCCUUGGAGACCAGCACAGGCGUAGACCAACUGACACUCCGGCAUACGCAGAUUUCCUCCUUGGGAGUCGAAGCCCUGCGCGCAGCCACGAAGAUCUUCGGCGCAGUGUGCAUAAACCUGGAUGAACAGAAGAUCUCCGGAGGUGUUGCCCAAUCAGUGGGGCCAACCAGUUCCAUGGAAACCACGGACACGUUGAGGAAUCUUUCCUUUGUCUCGGUGGAGACGCCUCCCUCUCCCCCUCCGAGGAAGUCCAAUGAGUCUUCACUCGCUGCCUAG